CUGACGUGCACAAAUUUGUUUUGGUUAGACACGUCAGAUCUAAAUUGGUUUUGAAAGCUCUCCAACAGCAACUAAGAUGGGUGAACCCGACACAGGCAAGCCAGCAGAACCGACGAACCUAAGCCCAACACUGCUGACAACGGCAUUUAAUUUAGGCAUUGGACUAGUUCAGUCAUAUGGUUGGUUUAUUGUCGGUGCCUUUGUUUUGGUGUUGUAUCUCCGUAACAAGUUCGGCUCUUCAUUUGAAAAGUGGCAAGAAAGCCGAGAACAGCAAAACCACAAAAAAUAUGACGUUGACCCUGACAUAGCCCAGCAGCGUCUGGAGGCGAUGGAGCGAGCGAGACAGCGCAUGCAGGAGCAGCUGAACGCACAGGCCGAGACGUACGCAGAGAAACAGAAGCGGAGAGAAGAAGAAAAGAGACAAGAGAAAAUAGAGAACUACAACCGGCAUCUCGAGGGCAAAAGCUACACGUCGAAAUACAAACCAAAAGAGGAAGGAGCCUCAACUCCAUUGAAGCCUAAACCGAAGAAACCUCUACGGCAAAGUGAUUACAAUCCUCUGAUGGGUGAGAGUUCGACCUUUCGGGCUCCCAGACGAUCCGGAUUUCAGGGCGGAUGAGGUUAAUCCCAGUGUACACUGCUUCACCCGACUUGUUAUGUAACCUGGUCACAGGACAGUCUGGGUUUGAUGGUGUGCACACUCUACCUGGUACAAAGAAAUCAUAUAGCAGUUUGUGUUUGACCGAUUGUAGUGUAUUGUUCACUUUUGACAGUUUAAUGUCGGCCCCAAAACUAGUCCAGCUUCCUCACCUCACCUGAUGUGCGGUCGAUCUAGGAUCGAUGCCCGUCCGUGGGCCCAUGGACUAUUUCUCAUUCCAGCCAGUGCAUCACAACUGGCAUUUCAAAGGCCGUGAUAUGUGCUGUCUUGUCUCUGGAA